CCCGAGUGUGUCGGUGUGAGAGCCAGGUUCCUGUGGUGGUCCUUGAGCCAUGGAGGCACCUCUGCAGAUGGAGAUGGUGGAGCUGGUACCCAACGGCAAACACUCGGAAGGGCUCCGCCCAGUCAGCACCCCCAUGGCAGGAAAUGAGAGGGUCGAGGGCCCCCGACGAAGCUGUGUUGAGGGCGAGGGCUUCCUACAGAAAAGGCCCAGCAAGGAGCCACACUUCACUGACUUUGAGGGGAAGACGUCAUUCGGGAUGUCGGUGUUCAACCUCAGCAACGCCAUCAUGGGUAGUGGCAUCCUGGGGCUGGCCUAUGCCAUGGCCAACACGGGCAUCAUCCUUUUCCUGUUCCUGUUGACAGCUGUUGCCCUGCUCUCCAGCUACUCCAUCCACCUGCUACUCAAGUCCUCAGGGGUCGUGGGAAUUCGUGCCUAUGAGCAGCUGGGCUACCGUGCCUUCGGGACCCCGGGAAAGCUGGCCGCGGCCCUGGCCAUCACGCUGCAGAACAUCGGAGCCAUGUCCAGCUACCUGUACAUCGUCAAGUCCGAGCUGCCCCUUGUCAUACAGACCUUCCUGAACCUGGAGGAGCCAACUUCGGACUGGUACAUGAAUGGGAACUACCUGGUGAUUCUGGUCUCUGUCACCAUCAUUCUGCCCCUGGCAUUGAUGCGGCAGCUUGGCUACCUGGGCUACUCCAGCGGCUUCUCUCUCAGCUGCAUGGUGUUCUUCCUAGUUGCAGUCAUCUACAAAAAGUUCCAGGUGCCCUGCCCACUGCCCUCCAACCUCGCCAACAUCACAAGCAACUUUAGCCUUGUGGAGGUUGUCAAGGAGGAGACAACGCUCCUUGGGGACAGUGUCGUCCCAGCCUUCUGCACCCCAAACUACUUCACACUCAACAUACAGACAGCAUACACCAUCCCCAUCAUGGCCUUCGCCUUUGUCUGCCACCCCGAGGUUCUGCCCAUCUAUACAGAGCUCAAGGAUCCCUCCAAGAGGAAGAUGCAACGUAUCUCCAACCUGUCCAUCGCUGUCAUGUACGUCAUGUACUUCCUGGCUGCCCUCUUCGGCUACCUCACCUUCUACGACGGGGUGGAGUCGGAGCUGCUGCACACCUACAGCAAGGUGGACACCUUUGACGUGCUGAUCCUGUGUGUGCGCGUGGCCGUGCUCACUGCAGUCACCCUCACGGUGCCCAUCGUUCUGUUUCCGGUGCGCCGAGCCAUCCAGCAGAUGCUGUUUCAGAACCAGGAGUUCAGCUGGCUGCGGCACGCGCUCAUUGCCACUGGCCUGCUCACCUGUAUCAACCUGCUGGUCAUCUUCGCCCCCAACAUCCUGGGCAUCUUCGGGAUCAUCGGUGCUACAUCCGCCCCGUGCCUCAUCUUCAUCUUCCCUGCCGUCUUCUACUUCCGCAUCAUGCCCACGGAGAAGGAGCCUGCGAAGUCCACCCCCAAAGUCCUGGCCCUUUGUUUCGCUGUGCUUGGCUUCUUGCUGAUGACCAUGAGCUUGAGCUUCAUCAUCAUUGACUGGGUCUCGGGGACCAGCCGGCAUGGAGGAAACCACUAG